AUGUCACCAACCGUUUCUAAGAUUUUAUUUAUUUAUGGAAUUCAAUUAUUGUGUUUAGUAGUUUUACAAUGUGCUGCAGAAGAGGCUUGUGAAACUAUUCCAACUGAAAUACACGUUACUAAAGAGGAAUAUGACGAUAUGGGAAGAUUAGUGCGAUCGUGCAGUGGAGAGGUCAGUGUCAAUAAGUGUGAGGGUAUGUGCAGUAGUCAAGUUCGACCAUCAAUUUCUGCUCAAACAGGAUUUUCUAAGGAUUGCUUCUGCUGUCGCGAAAAUUACUUGCGGGAACGUUUGGUUACUCUGACCCAUUGUUACGACCCCGAUGGUGUCAGGCUUGAGGAUGAAGACAGUAUCAUGGAAGUGCGACUGCGUGAACCUGACGAUUGCAAGUGCUACAAGUGUGGAGAUUAUAGCCGUUAA